GAGAAUUUUUAUUUUUGGGGAAAAAAUUGGAUAAUGUUUUACUUCCUCAUCAGGUCUUCCUCUUUCCGGAACUAAAGCCGGCGAUGAUCCCAACGAGGGCUUCUGCGGCGGCGGCGGGGUGGAGCCGGAACGCCCUUCCGGAGGCCCCUCCGCCCGCAGCGAAGGAAGAGGAUGAAGAGCACGCCGAGCUCUCCAUUUCAGAUCAAAGGACUCUUUAUCUCGUGAACAUCUUCAUCGGAAACACCGCCCGGUUCCUCAACUCCUUCGCCUCUCUCUGCCAGGACAAGCUCGCCCAGGUCCACAGAUUUGUUAAGAAGCUUCAUUCUUGCUUUAUGGGAGCAACAUAUUGGCAUCACAGUUUACCGAAAUAGUGCUGUGGGAAUCAGCAUCAUCAACUCUUGAAGUCUGAUCUUUCAUUUUUAUAAAACAGUCAACAAAUCUUUGCUAAGUGGUUCUUUAUAUGACUUAAGCUAGCAAUCUUUUGUAUGCUAUAAUUUCUAGUGGUUUACCUGACUAUUCAGCUCCUAAUACAGUAUCGCAACAUUUAUAUGAUAAAAGAGAAGCUACCUCACAUUGGUUAGUUCGAUGAUUUGAAUCCUCAACAACUGACAAAAAUAAUUAAAGUUUUCUUAAGUAAGAGCAAUUUAGUAAGUUUCCACGAAAAUAACCAGGCUUGACUGUGUUGAGUCUGUCAUGGGGUUCUAUGUAAUGUUGCAGCUAGCAAUACCCAAGCCAUUUGUUGUAUGCUAUCCUAUCUAAAAUUACGAAACUAUCUGUCUUUAGGUUCAUGCUUUGGACUAGCAUUCUCCUGUGUUUCUUUAAAAUUGUCACUUCUUCUAUAGCCCUUUCUUUGUUCUAUGAUUCUUUCCCUUUCAGACCUUAGCUGUAACUUACAAACUGGAUUUUAAUGUUUCAAAGUUUUUGGAUGAAAUUAUCCAUCGAUCUUAUAUUCUCGGUGCAAUGAUGGCACUGGAAUAAAUAGCCGUAGAAAGUCUUGUUCCAUGUCUUGGGAUGGAAUUGCUAAACAGGUCGGUAUCCAUCCGUUAGUACUUUGUUUUCUAAUUUGUUGUCUAAUAUAUCAUUUUUAAUCUUGAUUGCCACAAGCACUGCUAAACAAAUGAGUUUGUACUGUAAAUCAAUAUUUUAUAAAUGAGCUGUUUGCCUGUUUAGCCAAGUAUGAGUUUCUUAUAGAAAAUUUCGAUGAGGAAUUUUAAGUUGUCUUUAUCAAUGCAUUUAAUUCCCUUUUUUUGUAACUCUGACUUCAUGCUUUGCACUAGGUGACUUUUUUUUUUUUUUUUCAAUUCUUUGACUUAAUGUUUUGUAGGAUUGGUAUUAGGAUUAAUUUUAGAACCAAAUGUGUGGGACACUUAUGCCCACACCCUUGUCAAUCAUAUGAUAUAUCAAGUCCAAGUACCAUAGUAAAAUACUGUUGUUGCAACAAACUGUAAUGCAUAUCCUCCUGCUUGGUUUUGUUUUCUUUCCCUUCCCUUGGACAUCCUUCUUUUUCUUUGUAGGCUAAUCUGGAGUUUUGUUGUUGUUUUAU